AUGCCGAGCAUCCUCAAGAAGUGGAUCCGUUCCUGUAAGGAAUGUCAGCUUACCAGAACGGGUGGACUUAAUCCUGUUCAACCUUCUCUUUUCCGCCGAGGUGCUGGCCGUUUCUCCGAGGUUCAACUUGACUUCCUUGGACCUAUCUCUGACUCGUCUGACCACUCAGAACCUAAUAACUGUACCUAUCUGACUAUACUCGUGGAUAGUGCUACUCAGAUGUGUAUGGGUUGUCCUGCCCAAUCGACUUCCACUUCAUCUGUCAUCUCAGCUGUGCUUCAAUGGUGUGCUAUUUUUGGACCCCCUUCUGUGCUACAACUUGAUAGCCCUCCUGCGCAUAGCUCUGACAAGCUAUCCCGGUUCCUAACGGUUCUGGGUAUCGAACGAUCCCUUGGUGUUUCUCGUCGUCCUCAAUGCCAAGGUCGUGUGGAAAACGUCAUCAAAGAGAUCAAACUAGCCAUGUCUACUAACUCCAUCUUAUCUCCGGGUCGUCUUCCAUGGUGGGUUAUCGCACAAUCGGUUAUUUCGGUCCACAACAGCAGCAAGAUAGCACUAUAUGGUUUCAGUCCCUCUGAGUUGGCCUUUGGCAUUGCUGAUCCUUUUCUCCCUUCAGCAGCUCUACUUGACCCGCAGUCUGAUGCGGAAGCUUCCUCUAUCGAUCAGUUUAAUGAUUCUUGGUCAGAGUUUCGUAAUCAAGUUGUCGAUAAUUUCUAUAUUACUAGAGCCAUCGCUGAUGAUGUAGCUCAUAAGCUUGAAAUGGUUCAACUGGCUCACGAAGUGCCCUUGUACACUUUUUCGCCUGGAGAUCAGGUUCGGCUCUGUCGACUGGAGAACAACCACAGAGUCUUACGCGGGCCUUUCACUGUUACAGACUUGCAUCCUUCUAACCCCUAUCUCUAUCGUCUUUCAGAUUGGCCGGGAUGGGUAAGUCUUGGUCAACUACUGCCCUUUCGUCAAGAUUCAUCCCUUGAUGAUUUCACCAACGCUGUUCAUCAUCAUGAAGCCUAUACCUCCGGUAUUUUCUCUCUCUCCUUGCCUGACGACGUGAAGAUUGAGUUACAUGAUGCCGAGCCCGGCAACUUCGUGAUAAUAGCUGAGGAUGAUACAACUGGUCCUGAACCUACCAGAACUCUCCGUAUUGGUGAGAUUGACCAGAAGCUUCCUGAUGGUUUCAAGAUCAUUAUGUUGAACAAAUCUGCCCGUGGCUCCUGGACUCUACCACCAACUCGUGAUCGUGUUUCCUUCACAUGGGAUGUCAAUUUUGCUGAUGUUAUCGGUGUCUUCCGCCCUACACGGACACGACGACUGCCCCCAUCUCUUCUCUCUUGGUUGAAGACACAUGGAGCUUUGUGAUGGUCUCACUCACACAUCGAUGUCUAGAUGCUGUCUGGGGGGCGUGCACACGAUAUCUCGUGAAUAGUCGACACAUCUAUCCAUCUCUCUCUGUCCCCUUGUGCCAGUGUUACCAGCGCUGGCCCUGUUGAUCGAUAUCCUAAG